AUGACGAUUGAUUCAAACUUUCCAUACAUCAUAUUGUCCCGAAAUCCAUACGAUUAUAAGUGCUAUACUCGAGUAGAGUACACAUAAUCCGCUCCAUCAAAAAAGGGAGAAAACAAGGACAACGCUUACACCAAAUUCGCUACAAUGAGCUCUCGACCAUCUUCCAUCAACAAUUUAACCACAAACGAUACUCUCAUCACCUUGCUCUAUGCAGCAAACAUCCUCCUCCCAAUCUUCAUAGCCGGUACAUCAACAGCCCUAUCAACAUGGGUGAUCCCCAUGAUCCUCACCAACCCAUCUUCCAAAUCCGCCAUCUACCAAUUUAACACCACCGUAGCAAGAGGAGGCAGAUUUCUCCAACCGCUGAGUCGCUUUCUCGCCGCUUCUUUCGCUGCUUCAAGAUUGCUUGUCUCUCAACAUCCAGAUCAGUCGGUCGCUGCGCAUUGGAAAUAUUGGGCUUUCGGGACCGUGGUGUUGGUGUCUAAUGCCCCUUAUGAGAUUAUUGCGGUGUUUCCUGUGAACGAUCGAGUGGAGGCGUUGGGAAAGAGGAAUAGGGAUGGGGAUGGGGAUUUAUCUGAAAUUGAGAGGAAAGAGUUGGUCGCUUUGUUGAGGAGUUGGCAGAAGUGGAAUAUGGGAAGGGUGGCUCUUGUGUUUUUGGCCGGUGUGAUUGCCCUUUGGACUACGUUUGAUACGUUAGCGAGUAAGUGAUGCGACAAACAUGACCGAGGGGCUAGGUUUCCUCAGCAGUCGGUUUGACAAGAGUUGUCAAGGAGGUCGCCGGUUUCUUACUUGGAUCCUUCUACAAUACACAGUUUGAAUUGAAUGGUAGUCACAUUGAUUCCAAGGAUGAUGGGACACAAGGUAC